AUGGUUCAUUUCACGGCUGAGGAAAAGGCUGCUAUCACAAGCACCUGGAAACUGGUGGACGUAGAAGAUGCCGGAGCAGAAGCCCUUGGAAGGCUCCUGGUCGUCUAUCCUUGGACCCAGAGAUUCUUCGAUAGCUUUGGAAACCUGUCCUCUUCCUCUGCCAUCAUGGGAAACCCCAAGGUGAAGGCCCAUGGCAAGAAGGUGUUGACUGCCUUUGGAGAUGCUAUAAAGAGUGUGGAUGAUCUCAAAAACACAUUUGCCCACCUGAGUGAGCUGCACUGUGACAGGCUGCAUGUGGAUCCCGAGAACUUCAAACUCCUAGGAAAUGUGCUAGUAAUUGUCUUGGCAAAGUAUUUUGGCAAGGAAUUCACUCCCCAGGUCCAGAGUGCCUGGCAGAAAUUGGUGGCUGGAGUGGCCACUGCCCUGGCCCACAAGUAUCACUGA